AUGAAUUUACAAAAAUAUAUCAACGAUUUUCAAUCAUUAGUUUACCGUGUACGAAGUAAUUCUACUCUAGUGUAUCCAGAAUUUUCUUCUUUCCAUUCACGUUUAAAAACUUACAAAAAAUUUCCUGAAAAUUCUUUUCAAAAUAAAUACGAUCUUUCUGAGUGCGGAUUAAAAUAUUCUGGUAUUGAUGAUAUCGUUGAAUGCUUCUGCUGCGGACUUAUUCUCCAUAAUUGGGAGAAGCUGGACAAUCCAUGGAUCGAACAUUGCAGAUACAACCCAAACUGUAUUUAUGUAUUAUUAAUGCGAGGAAAUCAGUUUGUUCAAAAAAUACUAGCUAAAUAUUGUAAAACUGAACAUAAUAUGUGUACUUGUGAAAAUAUGUCAUACGAUACAGUUUGUUAAAUUAUGUAUAUGUCAUACUUAGUAAUAAAAAAAAUAUUGAUUUGUAAACGACUUAUAUGUGUUAAUAUUUGAUUCAAUAUCUCGUGAACGCAUGGCUUAGCGGAUUAACGCGUGUAGUUUAAUUUAAAAUAAUUUCAGGUAAG